AUGUUUACCUCGAGAGUUCUUCGGUUUCCAAGAAAGCCGUUCUCAGAGCUCGAUUAUGCUCGUCACAUGCCCAAAGAGUACGUUGAACGGAUGAAAAGAACCGUUCCUCGCAAAGUUUUCGAUGAGAGGUUUGUUAGAAAUUAAAAAUUGUGUAUUUUUCGAAUCAAAAAUUAGUUUAUUCUUGACUUCAAAGAGAUUUUCAUAGUGACGUUUCAUGGCUUUUUUAAAGAUAGGCUCUUAUCGAGGAUGUAAAAAAGGUAGGAAAGAAAAAAACGGUAAAUAUUAUAAAAAGAAGUUACGGCUGUAAAAUAAUGGAAAGUUUUUUUUUAUUUUGAAAAGUGAGCUCACUUGAGAGCUAGGAAGAAAAUUUUUGCAUACAUUUUUUGAAAGAUUUGUUCUCUCGUUGAAGGCCUGGAAGCUUUUAAUGGCUCUUUGGGAUUUUUUCAUUAUUUUUGCAUGAAAAUGCAGGGAUUUGUUCGAAACUUAAAAUAUUUUGUAGAUUUGGCGCUCCUGCGAUUACAUCGUGGACACUUCAUCCAGAAGACUACGUUCCAACGCACAAAAGACCUUGGGAGGAUAGAAAACUUCAAGAAAGUCUUGAGCGGGCUGAUAAAUAUCGAUCCGCAAUGUCAGUUUGAAAAUAUAAAUCAAAAUUAUUUUUGAAGAACACCUAUAGAACGAAAAUGGAAGUUGGUUACAUUGAAGAGAACUCACUUUAAUAUUUUUUUGUGAUUUUUUUACAAAAUUUUAUUGCAGUUUUUAGCUUUACACAUCAGGAAAGCGAAAGGUUUGUAGGAAAAGACAUAUUUCUGUUUUUAACGCAAAAAUAUGAAAGAAGUCAUUGAUUUUCAGUUUCUUUUUAUUUUUCAUUAAAUAAAAAAGCAUUUUCAGGCUAGGAAACCAAUUUUUCAAGCUUCGACGCCCUGAAAAAUAAACGUUUGCCUGAUAUUGAAUGGACAUUCUUUCCUGGAGAUUUGGUUCAAGUUAGCUUCACUUCUCAUUCAAAUCCCGCAUUUUUCUAUUUAUUAACCGAAAUAAAAAUUCAGGUUAUGGUGGGGAAGGAUAAGGGGCGACAAGGAACGAUUUUGAGCGUUUCCAGGGACACUAAUGAGGUUUUUUUAAGUUCUCGAAAACUCGAUGACUAUCUGAAUCAAUUUCGAGGUACUGGUAGAUGGUUUGCAUACGAUUCUCGGCGAGGACAUGGAAAAUAGUGAAAGAUACGGCGUUGACAAGACUUUCAGGUGAUUUCAGACAGGAAAAUGGACCUCUGAUUGGUAUUUUCAAAUUUGAAAUUUUGUAAAAACUAAAUUCUUCGUACAGAAAUACGUAUCCAUAUAAACUUUUUUUUUCCUUGAGCGACUUUUUUUUCGACAUUAUUUCGACCAAAAUUUUAAAUUGGCGCUUAAAAGUUGCCAUCUCGUUGCCGUUCAGCUGCCAUCUCAAAUUAUAAAAAUUUGAGAUGGCAGCUGAACGGCAAGGGCGACGAGUACAUUCGAGUUUCUUUGAAAAGUUUGAACUUAGGCCGGCCUAAGUUCAAAUUUUUCGUAUGUCGUAAAUCUUUUUAAACGGAAUAUACGCGUCAUUUUGGAAAUCGCCGAGAUUACUUUUUAUACGGCAGGAAAAAAACAAAGCACGUGCGUUGAGGGACUCUAAUUUGAGAAAUUUUGGUAUUCUGAAGUUAAUUUGAACCAUAGAAUCCUUUCAUCUUUAUUCCGUCCAUUCAUUUCUAACUUUGAAGAUGGCAAGAACAGCCGCUUUCCGUCGAUAAAAAACACGUGAUGCUCGUCGACCCCAAUGAUGAAGAGCCCUGCGAAGCGAAGUAAUUUCGUUUUUUUUUUCAUUUCCCCUCAAAUUAUAAAAAUUUGAGAUGGCAGCUGAACGGCAAGGGGGACGAGUACAUUCGAGUUUCACUGAAAAGCGGAUACGAAAUCCCUGUCCCUACUCAAGCUUACGUCACCUAUGAUUAUGUCCAGCCGGAGAAUUAUAUUGGUGAGGAAUGAGUGUGAAUGUUCGAAUUUCACGAACAAAAUCUGGAAGAGAGGGUUUUUAGAUAGAAUUACAGUACUUCGAGAGAUAGUAGUUCAAAGCGAAAGUCGAAUGAAACAAAGUAUUUUAAAUUUUUUAUUUUCUGUUUCAAUUACAGAAGUAGAGGGAAAAGGACACGCCAGCGGAUUUGGUCUUGCAAAGAACCUACACGCCGACUUUAUCUUCUUUCGAAGACGAAAUAAAGGAAAAGUGCGGAAUUGCUGA